AUGACUCCCACUACCACAAUUCCUGCUACCACAACUUCUCAGACUACCACAACUACUCAAACUACUACAACCACAACUACCACUUCCGCAUCUCCCACUACAACACCCACAACUCCCACUACAACCAAAACUACUCCAACUACCACAACUCCAACUGCUACAACCACAACUCCCACUACCACCACAACUCACUGCCACACCCACAACUCCAAUCACAACUCCCGCUACCACAACUCCCAUUACAACUACCACAACCCCCACCACCACCACAACUCCAACUACUACAACCACAACUCCCUCUACCAUAACAACUACUCCAACUACUACCACCACAACUCCCACUACUUCCAGCACACCUCCCACUACCACAACUUCUCAGACUACCACAUCGACUCCCACUACCACAACACCUACUCCAACUCCCACUACCACAGCAACUCCAACUACUACAACCACAACUGCAACUACCGCAUCUCCCACCACAACACCCACAACUCCAAGGGAUUGGUCUUCAAAAAAAACCUCAAGAGGUGCGACUAUCCUUCUCCCACUACCACCACAACUACUCCAACUACCAUAACAACAACUCCCUCUACAACUACCACAACCCCCACCACAUCAACUCCAUCUCCUACAACACCAACUCCCAUUACCACAACUCCAAUCACUACAACGACAGCAAUGACUCCAACUACCACGACAGCAACUCCCACUGAAACUACCACAACCCUGACCACAACAGCAAUGCCAACAACUACCACUGCCACACCCACAACUCCAAUCACAGCUCCCACUACCGCCCUAACUACUCCUACUACAACUACCACAACUCCAACUAAUUCCAGCACAACUCCCACUACCACAACUACUGCUACCACAACUUCUCAGACUACCACAACUAAUCCAACUGCCACAACAACUACUCCAACUACCAUGACUACAACUCUAACUACAACUACCACAACCCCCACCACCAUAACAACUCCAACGACUACAACCACAACUACCACAUCUUCCACUACAACACCAACAAUUCCCACUACCACAACAACUACUCCAACUCCCAUAACCACAACUCCCUCUACAACUACAAAAACCCCCACCACAACUCCAACUGCUACAAGUACCACACCCACGGCUCCAAUCACAACUACCACAACCAUUCCCAAUACCACAACAACUACCACGACCACAACUCCCACUGAAACUACCACAACAACAACGCCGACAACUACCCCUGCCACACGCACAACUCCAAUCACAACUCCAACUACCACAACUACUUCCACUACCACAACUCCCAUUAAAACUACCACAACCCCCACCACCACAACAACUCCAACUACUACAACCACAACUAACACUACAGCAUCUCCCACUGUAGCACCCACAACUGUCACUACCACCACAACUACUCCAAUUACCACAACUCCAACUACUACAGCCACAACUCCCACUACCACCACAACUGCUCCAACUACCACAACUACAACUCCCACUGAAACUAUCACAACCCCCACCACGACAACAACGCCAACAACUAGCACUGCCACACCCACAACUCCAAUCACAACUCCCGCUACCACAACUCCCACUACCACAAUUCCUGCUACCACAACUUCUCAGACUACCACAACUACUCAAACUACUACAACCACAACUACCACUUCCGCAUCUCCCACUACAACACACACAACUCCCACUACAACCAAAACUACUCCAACUACCACAACUCCAACUGCUACAACCACAACUCCCACUACCACCACAACUGCUCCAACUACAACUCCCACUGAAACUAUCACAACCCCCACCACAACAACAACGCCAACAACUAGAUCUGCCACACCCACAACUCCAAUCACAACUCCCGCUACCACAACUCCCAUUACAACUACCACAACCCCCACCACCACCACAACUCCAACUACUACAACCACAACUCCCUCUACCAUAACAACUACUCCAACUACUACCACCACAACUCCCACUACCUCCAGCACACCUCCCACUACCACAACUUCUCAGACUACCACAUCUACUCCCACUACCACAACACCUACUCCAACUCCCACUACCACAGCAACUCCAACUACUACAACCACAACUGCAACUACCGCAUCUCCCACCACAACACCCACAACUCCAGCUACCACAACAACUACUCCAACUAUCACUACCACAACUCCAACUACUACAACCACAGCUACCACUACCACAACAACUCCUACUACCACAACUCCUACUACCACUACCACCACAACUACUUCAACUACCAUAACAACAACUCCCUCUACAACUACCACAACCCCCACCACAUCAACUCCAACUACUACAACACCAACUCCCAUUACCACAACUCCAAUCACAACUCCCACUACUACAACGACAGCAAUGACUCCCACUACCACGACAGCAACUCCCACUGAAACUACCACAACCCUGACCACAACAGCAACGCCAACAACUAGCACUGCCACACCCACAACUCCAAUCACAACUCCCACUACCACAACUCCCAUUACAACUACCACAACCCCCACCACCACCACAACUGCUACAAGUACCAUACCUACAGCGCCAAUCACAACUUCCACCACCACUCCCACUACCACAACAACUAUCUCGACCACAACUCCCCCUGAAACUACCACAACAACAAUGCCAACAACUACCCCUGCUACAGGCACAAUUCCAAUCAAAACUCCAACUACCACAACUACUUCCACUACCACAACUCCCUCUACAACUACCACAACCCACACCACAACAACUCCAGCUGCUACAACCACAGCUCCAAUCAUAACUACCACAACCACUCCCACUACCACAACAACUACUCCAACUACCACGACCACAACUCCCACUGAAACUACCAUAGCCCCCACCAUGCUAACAACUACCACUGCCACACCCACAACUCCAAUCACAAUUCCCACUACCACAACUCCAACUACAACUACCACAACUCCCAUUACAACUACCACAGCCCUCACCACAACAACAACCACCCACAACUCCCACUACCACAACUCCUACUACUCCAAGUCGUGUUCGAGGACCAGUGCUCCUAAAGUGUCCAGUGGGAGAGGAAUUCAAGAAAAAAACCAGCACUUGCGAAACAACUACCACAGCCACAGCAAUGACUCCCACCACCACAACUCCUGCUACCACAACUUCUCAGACUACCACGACUACUCCCACUACCACAAAAACUACUCCAACUUCCUUUACAACACGCCAAUCACAACUUUCACAACCACUCCCACUACCACAACAACUAUCACGACCACAACUCCCCCUGAAACUACCACAACAACAAUGCCAACGACUACCCCUGCUACAGGCACAAUUCCAAUCAAAACUCCAACUACCACAACUACUUCCACUACCACAACUCCCUCUACAACUACCACAACCCACACCACAACAACUCCAGCUGCUACAACCACAGCUCCGAUCAUAACUACCACAACCACUCCCACUACCACAACAACUACUCCAACUACCACAACCACAACUCCCACUGAAACUACCAUAGCCCCCACCACACCAACAACUACCACUGCCACACCCACAACUCCAAUCACAACUCCCACUACCACAACUCCCAUUACAACUACCACAACCCCCACCAUUACUACAACCACAACUAUCACUACCGCAUCUACCACUACAACACCCACAAUUCCCACGCCAACAACUCCCACUACAACUACCACAACUCCCAUUACAACUACCACAGCCCUCACCACAACAACAACGCCAACCACUGCCACACCCACAACACCAAUCACUACCACAUUUACUUCCACUACCACAACUCCCAUUACAACUACCACAACCCCCAUCACCACAACAACUCCAACUACUACAACCACAACUACCACUACCGCAUCUCCCGUUACAGCACGCACAACUCCCACUAUGACCAGAACUACUACAACCACAACUCCGACUACCAUAGCAACUACUCCAACUACUACCACCACAACUCCCACGACCACACCUCCCACUACCACAACAACUUCUCCAACUACAAUGACCCCAACUCCCACCACCACAACUCCCCCUACAUCCAGCACAACUCCCACUACCUCAACUCCUACUACUAUAAGUCGUGUUCGAGGUGCCUGUAAUGGACAGACGACGGGGCUGUUCCCCAAUCCCUCAGACAAAACUACUUAUUACGACUCGCCAAUCACAACUUUCACAACCACUCCCACUACCACAACAACUAUCACGACCACAACUCCCCCUGAAACUACCACAACAACAAUGCCAACAACUACCCCUGCUACAGGCACAAUUCCAAUCAAAACUCCAACUACCACAACUACUACCACUACCACAACUCCCUCUACAACUACCACAACCCACACCACAACAACUCCAGCUGCUACAACCACAGCUCCAUUCAUAACUACCACAACCACUCCCACUACCACAACAACUACUCCAACUACCACGACCACAACUCCCACUGAAACUACCAUAGCCCCCACCACGCCAAUAACUACCACUGCCACACCCACAACUCCAAUCACACCUCCCACUACCACAACUCCCAUUACAACUACCACAACCCCCAUCACUACUACAACCACAACUAUCACUACCGCAUCUCCCACUACAACACCCACAAUUCCCACUACCACAACUCCCACUACAACUACCACAACUCCCAUUACAACUACCACAGCCCUCACCACAACAACAACGCCAACCACUGCCACACCCACAACACCAAUCACUACCACAUUUACUUCCACUACCACAACUCCCAUUACAACUACCACAACCCCCAUCACCACAACAACUCCAACUACUACAACCACAACUACCACCACCGCAUCUCCCGUUACAGCUCCCACAACUCCCACUAUGACCAGAACUACUCCAACUACUACAACCACAACUCCGACUACCAUAACAACUACUCCAACUACUACCACCACAACUACCACGACCACACCUCCCACUACCACAACAACUUCUCCAACUACAAUGACCCCAACUCCCACCACCACAACUCCCCCUACAUCCAGCACAACUCCCACUACCUCAACUCCUACUACUCCAACUCCCACUACCACAACCCCCACCACCACAACAACUCCAACUACCACAACCACAACUACUACAACCAUAACAACUACUCCAACUACCACAACUCCAUCUACUACAACCACAACUCCCACUACUACUCCAACUACAAUGACCACAACUACCCCUACGGCAUAUCCCACUACAACACCCACAACUCCCACUACCACCACAACAACUCCAACUGCUACAACUACAAGUACCACACCCACAGCUUCAAUCAAAACUACCACAACCAGAACUCUUACUGAAACUACCACAACCCCCACCACAACAACAACGCCAACAACUACCACUGCCACACCCACAACUUCAAUCACAACUCCCACUACCACUACCACAACUCCCGUUACAACUACCAAAACCCCAACCACCACAGCAACUCCAAGUACUACAACCACAACUACCACUACCGCAUCUCCCACUACAACACCAACAACUCCCACUACCACCACAACUACUCCAACUACCACAACUCCAACUACAACCACAACUCCCACUACCAUAACAACUACUCCAACUACUACCACCACAACUCCCACGACCACAACUCCCACUACCACAACAGCUACUCCAACUACAAUGACCACAACUCCCACUGCCACAAUUCCCACUACUACAAGUCGUGUUCGAGGUGCCUGUAAUGGACAGACGACUGGGCUGUUCCCCAAUCCCUCAGACAAAACUACUUAUUACGACUGUUCAGGACCAGUGCUCCUAAAGUGUCCAGAAGGAAAGACAUUCAAGAAAAAAGACAGCGAAUGCAAAUAA